AAAGUGCAGCAAACUUCAGACUCAUUGACUGCAGGCUUAACAAGCGUCGGGGCUUUACUUCUUUCUGCAGCUUGCAAGGAUCUUUGGAUUUUGCAAAACAGUUCCAAGAAAAAAAUGGCCAACUUCUCCUUAUGGGCAACUUUUGGAUUAUGUUUGCUGAAGCUCUGUCUAACAGAAACAGAAUUCAAUGUAAGUUGCAGAUACAGAGGAGUUUUUCAUGUUGAAAAAAAUGGUCGCUACAGUCUCACACGAUCUGAAGCAGUCAAACUCUGCAGAGCUCUCAACAGCACCUUGGCAACACUAGAGCAGCUGAAGGAAGCUCACGAGUCUGGAUUUGAAACUUGCAGGUAUGGUUUUGUGGUGGGGCAUAUUGUUAUCCCACGGAUCAAACCCUAUCCUCUUUGUGCAGCAAAUACCACUGGCAUUUACAAACUUCCAGCGAAUACAACUGAUCGGUACGAUGCAUACUGUUACAAUGCGUCAGAAACAGAGGAAAAAGCAUGUGAGCCAAUUAAAACAAUAGAUACUUCUUUACUCAGUAAUCAGGAUGAAACAGUCAUUGACAACGCAGAUGGCUCCCGUUACAAUCCAGAUGGCUCACGUCAUACCAGUGGGGAGUCCUCAACCUCAGGGGUGGAUGAGGAAAAUGCAGGUAGUGGAUCCACUCAUGAGACAACUCCCAUGGAUACCUCCAUCAGGAGAUCCAGCCCCUCAUACUAUGGAAGUCCUACUCCAGUCUCACAGCUGCCAGAUCAUACUUUUGGAGGAGGUGAAAAAGGAAUUCCUGAAAAAGAUUAUGGUGAUGAAUUUACAUCUAUUUCACCUCACAUCUCUUUGGGGACGGUGGCUGGUGAUUUCCAUGAAGAAGAUGACAGACAGUAUCCUGCGAGUACCACUCCAGGGCCUCAUCAUGACAACCUGGAGAAAACCACCACCCAAACUUGGUGGAAUCCGUUCCCAGACCACUGGUGGUGGUCAAAUCCUGGAGAGAAGACGCAAGAACCCACGCCAGCAACCAAGGCAGAUGUGACCUCCAGUGGCAGUGAUUCAGAUGAUGAAGACUCUUCCGAGGAGAUGAUGAACCCCACAGUGUUUCCAGUCAGGAGUGUGGCCAAGGACGAGACUGCUCUGAGUACGACUCCAGGGCCUCAUCAUGACAACCUGGAGAAAACCACCACCCAAACUUGGUGGAAUCCGUUCCCAGACCACUGGUGGUGGUCAAAUCCUGGAGAGAAGACGCAAGAACCCACGCCAGCAACCAAGGCAGAUGUGACCUCCAGUGGCAGUGAUUCAGAUGAUGAAGACUCUUCCGAGGAGAUGAUGAACCCCACAGUGUUUCCAGUCAGGAGUGUGGCCAAGGACGAGACUGCUCUGAGUACGACUCCAGGGCCUCAUCAUGACAACCUGGAGAAAACCACCACCCAAACUUGGUGGAAUCCGUUCCCAGACCACUGGUGGUGGUCAAAUCCUGGAGAGAAGACGCAAGAACCCACGCCAGCAACCAAGGCAGAUGUGACCUCCAGUGGCAGUGAUUCAGAUGAUGAAGACUCUUCCGAGCAGAUGACGUACUCCACAGUGUUUCCAGGCUGGGGCAGGAGUGUGGCCAAGGAUGAGACUGCUCUGAGUACGACUGUGGACUCACAACACGAAACACUUCUGGAAAUCACCACACAAGAUCGUUGGAACCCCACCUUUGCAGACGAAGAGGAGCAGUAUCCUAGCUCUGCUAGCAGGGUCAUCAUCUUAUCAGCACUAGUUACAAGUGAAAAUGAAAAACGUCACGGAGCAACCCAGCAUCCGCUAUUUCACAGCGUUCAUUCUGGAGGGAUCAGUCAAGAACAAAAUCCUGCAAAUACCACUGGCAGUAUUGAACAACAUGAAUUUACUACUGCAGGUGGAAGUUAUUUUGGAAAGGAAACUUCUACAGCUAUGGUCCCCAGCCACGGGGCCAAACAGAACGACUCAGAGCAAGACCCGUUGGUGUAUCCAGGCUGGGACAAGGGAAAGGAUUAUGCCACACAGCCUGCUAUAACGGAUAGAGUUAUCCCUUCCACAGAGAACAAUCAUGAAAGAGAGUCUUCCACUACAGCUGUUGCCUCUCCUGAUGGUGCCUACCACAAAGACCCAACUCAACCACUUCUGCCUUCGGAUAAUGCAUCAGAAAAGAGCACUGAAGGCAUCACGAAUCCCACAGAUGCCCCCUGGGAUGAAGUCCUCCACAGGACCACAGCCAGUAUGACUGAAACUGUCACAGCCUCCACUGAUGUUCUGGCACCAGAAGACAUAACUCAGGAAGCAUGGGCACCUCACCUUGUGGUAACAGUUGCUUCCUCUCCUGAUGGUGCCCACCACAAAGAGCCAACUCAAACACCUCUGCCUUCGGAUGAUGAGCCAGGACAGGGCACUGAAGGCACCACGAAUCCCACGGAUACGCCCAGAGAUGAAGUCCUCCACAGGACCACAGCCAGUAUGACCAAAACUGGUAAUGACUCUCCUCUGAUGGGUACCAUCGUAGAGUCCGUGGAUGGUGUUGACCAAGAGAAAGCAACCAAGGAGCCACUGGCACCUGGCACUACACCUGGAAGGGAAGGUGAAGAAGCAAACACCACAGGUGGUUCCCAUGUCCAUGGGAUACCUGGAGUUUUUUCAGACAUUGAAGACCGUUUUAUUCCCUUGCAGACUCCUCUUACUACCAGCUCUACCUCUAGUGUAUAUGUUAGCCAAGGACCACACAAGGGACAUUAUGAAUCCACUACUUCCCUUGAAGAGACCGCCACAACACAAAUAGCUUCACAGCCAAGGUCAGCCCAUGUACCAGACUGGCUGAUCAUAGUUGUAGCUCUCGUGGUGCUUGCGUUGAUCCUUGCAGUGUGCAUUGCUGUUAACAGUCGCAGGAGAUGUGGGCAGAAGAAAAAGCUAGUGAUUAACAAUGGCAAAGGGGCAGUGGAAGACAGGAAGACAAGUGAAUUAAAUGGAGAUGUCAGCAAAUCACAAGAAAUGGUGCACUUGGUUCAUAAAGAGCAGUCAAAUGACCGAACACAAGCAUGUGACGAAUUCCUGACUGUUAAUGAAACACAAAACCAUCACGAGUUUGACAUGAAGACUGGAGUGUAAUGGUACCACGCUGCCAAGCAGAUCAGGGCUGGGGAAACCAAAAUCACGUGGAACUUGAACAGGAAUUCACAGAUGCACUGUGCUACUGAUGUCUUUUGAACAUAAACAUAAGUUCUAUUUCUUUUUAAUCACUUCGCAAAAAAAUUGACAUGUGCUUUCUGAAAUAACACCCCCAAGAGCUGCAUAAUGCUUUCAGUUCCCAGUCCCUACACAGAGGACUCUCACUGUGUCCUGGAUGUUAGGAGACAUAAUACGAGUGUACAUCAUUAUUCCCCAGAUGGAAGGUCUUCGCUGUGGGGGGCUAAAGAAGUAUCCAGUCACUCCAUCUUACAGAUAUUUAAGGUAUUAAACAUGCCAUGGUACAGAAGUAAGUGAGGAAAAAUGUCAAGAGUAAAUAAAUCAAGUUUAAACCCAAAAGGCAUCUUCUACAAUGUCUGCGACAUCAGAAUCCCUCAGAAAUGCCUUCCAGCCAGGAAGAGCAGUGGGUACAUUCAGAAUCUGCCAGUAUAAACAAAAAGUGACAUUUUAUAAUUAUGUAUGGCUUGGUCUGCAACAGGGGAAACCCAGAAGGACAAAAUUUAUUUAUCUCGAUUUUUAAAUAUCUAUGGGCAUACAGCAAGUCUUCUUGGGAGGGGUAAUAAAGGUAUGAAAACAUGAGCUGAUGCAUAAUAAACUUCUAUACUUUAUUAUCCUAGCAACCUGUACAAUUAUCCUUGAGUUUUUGAGAUGUUCAUUGCUCUCCUCUCCCCCUCAUUCUUUGGUCCAAGUUUGUGCAUGUUUUUAAUGAGUCUGUUAGUUAAGAUAACAAAUGAAACAAAACGACCCCAGCUCUAUCACAUAUGCACAAAUCAAGCAAUUGAAAUCACUAGGGAAGCUGACAGUAUUUUGUUCCUGAAAACAGGUCUCUAUAUUCUGCUCCAUUUUACUUAGGAAAUGCUGAGCCUAUUAAAUUUUUUUUCCCUAUAACUAUGAUAUUAUACCAGAUUGCUGAUAUUUUAAAAGUUGAUUUUCUGUGAUCUCACUCAUUUCCUCUGAAUUCUAUUUCAUCUACAUUUUUUCCAUCUGCUUUUUAAAAACACCAAAAGAAACAUUGCUUUCUUAUUGGUACCAGAAGUUUAAAUUCUACAGAAAAGAUCAAAGCAAACAAAAGGAAACUCUCCCAGCCAUGUAAUAUAGUAGAGUAGCUGAGCUGCAUUGUUACAUGCUUUUGUUAUGUCCUUUUGUGUCUGUUGUGUAAAGUAUUUGUAUUAAGCUAUGAUGCUGUGCAUUAUAUUGAUAUGAAUUGUCAGGAAAAGAACUAUUUACCACCAGUGGUCUGUGCUGUUUUUAAGAAAGCUUAUUGGAAUGGAGGGAGAAUGGUAACUUCUAAUUGGAGUGCCCCCAGGAAAUGCAAGUAAAACCAUUGGUCUGUGUCAGCUGUGGGAUGGGGAUGGUCUGUAGCAGGGCUAUUCAAAGGUUUUGUUCACUGACCAUAGCCCCUGUUCUGCUGAAGUAUGUUACUUAAUGCUCUCCAUCUGAAGCAGUUUGGAGGAUGAAUAUUCAGCUGGCUAAAUAUUGACUUUAGCUAGCACUGAUCUUUACUGGAACAUAAAGCACAAGACUGUUGAUUAUAUUUCUGAGUCACAGCCCUCCAGCAGCUUCCCAUGUGCUUCAUGGGAAUGCUCAAGUGCCCUGGUAUCUGCUGGCAGAUCUCCUUAGGGUAAUUUACACCUGGGCAAAAAGUCCCAAGACAAGGUGAUGUUUUAAAAUACACGUAGGAUGUUUUCUGACUAUAUGUAGGUCAGAUAUUUCAUCUGUGAACAGUGCAUUGAUUUUUGUUUAAUGUUUUUAAGCAAGCUUUUCUAUUUGUCAUUAGAAAUCAAAAUGAUCUGUUGAAGGCUGUGUUUAAACUGGUGUCAGGUACUCAUUCCACUAAGUAUGGAGAUCCAGAGUAAGAACUACUCCUGUCUUUAAAUCCUAGCUGAAUAUAGGUCUCAGUGAAAAGGACUUAUUUCAUUGUCUUGGAGGCUAAAUUUCUCUCUUAAAAAACAAAAAAAAUCUGUGGCAUGUUAUUUAUCUCCCUAUUCAGAUGUUGAAUGAAGAAAUCCACAAACUCCUUCCUAAUUUAUCUUACAUUCAGUAGCUACAGAAGCACAGACAACACUGGUUGGGUUCUUUAUAUAUUUUUAAAUGGGAUAUGCUCAAGAGGCAAUGCCAUUAUUUUAUAUAUGCUGAUUCUUUUUAGAUUAUGUCCUGUGACUUAUGUGUAAUUGUUUCAUUAUAGUUUCAAAACUAGAUGGCCAUUUCAUAUGUGUAAUAUAGUACAUAUUUUUAUUAAUCUUGCUUUUAUUAUGAGGGGUUGUUUGUUGUGUGUAUGUAUUUUUAUAUAGAGCACUUGAUAUAUUUGCAUAUUUAUUUAACAGAUUAAUUAGAAUGAAAGAAAAUAUCAUCUCUAAAUUGUAACUAGAAAUAGUAUUGCUAAAAACACAUAGGACUUUAAAAUAAGCUUCCAAAAUAAACCUGAUUCCACACUGAGGAUAAAAUGUAAGUCCAGCUAUUGGUGGCAGAGAAGUAUUCAGCAGGAUUGUCGUGUUGAGUACUGUGGCCAUUUUUUCUGCUUGCAAAUGCCAAGCCAGGCUGAGGUGAAUGCUGGGUGACCUUGUCUGCUCUGCCAGCCUCCCAGAGUUAGUGACAAACUCAGCUUUCCCCCAGAAGUGGACAACAGCUACAACAACUUGGUUCAAUUUAAGAUCAACCCAGUAAGGUCUUGAUGACCAUUCCCGGCUCACUGAACCACCAGCAUUUGGAGAGUGCAGCACCCAUCAAGGUCCUGCCCUUCCUUCAGGGUGCUGAUAGACAAACUGUGUCUAGGUGCCUAGGAAGAAUGAGGAUUUCUCCUAAAACUGCUAAGGAGGUCAGACCCUGCAAUCAGCUUGUGUUAUUCCUUUGUCUUGAAAAGUUCCAAAUGUGAUCCAGACCAGUGGAUAUGCUGUCUAAAGCAGCAAGAAUAUUUAAGAGAGAGACUGUAUGUUUUGUGGGAAUGUAAUAUUUUCAUGAAGCAAUGCAGGCUGGUUGUUUCAUCUGUAUUUUCUUGAAGAUCUGAAAAGGAAUGUUUGAUUAAAGCAGAAAAAGGAUGUGCA